AUGUGGGACCUGAAGGGCAAGCUAGAAUUCUACCGAUGCAAAGCCACGGUGAUCGAACUCUCCGAGCCCCAAGAAGUGUUGGGUGAAAAAGCCAAGGGCAGAGGAAGCAUGGGUUGGGCGGCCACUCCCUCCGGGCCCCUGAAGCAGAAAUUGCAAGUGACGUCAGGCUACGACAAUAUGAUGGUUCGAGGUGGCGGCAGCAGAGCCGGCGAAAUGAGCAUCGAUCUGAAUUACCGCCCUGUUUGCAGCAACACUCGGGAGGGCGAGUCGACGUCUGUCCGGGCCUUUGCCCUCCACGGAGAGGAGGGCGCCGAGCCCGAGCCGCCGAGCACGAUGGCUGCGGGCGUGCGCUUACUGGGCGGGCUCCAAUCGAUGGCCGACAGGACCCUGAACCUUGAAGCUGGCUCCGUCUACGGCGCCGUGAUUCUUAUGCCACAGAUCGCCCGAACACUGGGGUGGCCUGCAGAACUCUCGAGCCUCGUGGUGACGUCUGUAACGUACCAUCUGCUUUUAAUCUUCCUGCACGGUGCACUGCUGACCUUCAUCGAUCAGGAGGAGAUCAUCCAAGAUGCCUUCGCCGGGCAGAUGCACCUUUGUAACUUCGGCGGGGGCACCUGCGAUGGUGGCGAAUGUCCUGGGCCUGGAGGCACCACAGUGACACCGCCGCGCAUCUACAGCUUUAACACCUGGGCUACCCGCCUCUUCGUCCGAGACUCCAUGCAGGCAAUCUGGCCGGAGAAGGCGGAGGACAUAGCAAAGCUCGUCGAUCCUGGCGAGUAUGGGAUCGAAAGCAGCCUUUGCCGAUUCCUUUGCUGCUUUGUCUUCGUGAUGAUGAUUGUCCCCGAGAUCGGACUCUGCUGGGAGAUGGCGAACAUCAUGUGGCAAAUUCCCUCGGAAGAUGAGCCUUGGGUGUCUUUCAGAGAAGACCGCCAGCUAAAAGGCCCGCGGCACGAAUGGCUUGACAUGGUCCGCGUUCGCAUCGCAGGCAUGAGCAGGCUAUGGAAGGCCGCUUGCGUUCUGCUGGUGCUGCUGCCGAAAUGUUUUCUGUGCGUCUAUUCAGCGAAGGCGGGCGUCGUCUUCUUGAUGGAGACCUCAGAUAUAGAUACGGCGCGCGCCUGA